AUGGCGUCUCCCAUUAUCUUGGGAGGUCGUGCUCUCGGAUCUGUUUCACGAAUAGCAGCUAUUCGUGGAGCUGCCACAGCUGCUCCUGCCCCACCCAAGAAGCCCGAGAAGACCUCAUUUGGAAAUUUGAAGGAUAGUGACCGUAUAUUCACAAAUCUUUAUGGGCGACGUGACUACCGUUUGAAGGGAGCCCUGGCUCGUGGUGACUGGUACAAAACCAAAGAAAUUAUCCUCAAAGGUUCGGAGUGGAUCAUCAAUGAAAUACGUACGUCAGGCCUUCGUGGUAGAGGUGGUGCAGGUUUUCCUGCUGGAAUGAAAUGGGGCUUCAUGAGUAAGCCAUUCGAUGGACGCCCAAAAUACCUGGUUGUGAACGCUGAUGAAGGGGAGCCAGGUACUUGUAAGGAUCGUGAAAUAAUGAGGCACGACCCUCACAAGCUGAUCGAAGGAUGUCUGAUUGCUGGUGUUGCUAUGGGGGCACGAGCAGCUUACAUCUACAUUCGUGGCGAGUUCUACAAUGAAGCCUGCAUUCUUCAAGAGACUAUCAAUGAGGCGUACAAAGCUGGCUACAUUGGUAAGGACUGCCUGGGUACAGGAUACUCGUUUGAUGUGUUUGUUCAUCGUGGAGCUGGUGCUUACAUUUGUGGCGAAGAAACGGCGUUGCUAGAGUCGAUGGAAGGAAAGCAAGGCAAACCGCGUCUGAAGCCGCCAUUCCCAGCUGAUAUUGGAUUGUUCGGUUGUCCGACCACAGUUACGAACGUGGAGACUGUAGCCGUUUCGCCAACAAUUUGUCGCAGGGGUGGUGAAUGGUUUGCUUCAUUCGGACGAGAACGCAAUCGUGGAACAAAGGUAAUUGAUUGGUUGUGUUGGUUACUUUGGAUGGUGUCCAAGUUAGUUUCGUGA